GUCUCCCUCUGGCGGACACUGCACCUGCUUGUCUCCGCUUUAAAACCAAGUGAAACAACGUGCUUUAUGAUCAGGGCGCACAAAGAACCGACAGGAGAGAUGGAGUGAAAAUCCAUCUCCCUUCCUCCACCUCCGACCCAACCCGCUGGAGCAUCACUGCACUUACUAAAGGACGCGCCUCCCCGACACACCUCCCACAUACUGAGACACAGAGAGAGAGAGGCGGGGGGAAACGGGAGCAGGUCCAACCGGAGGUGGGGCGGGAAGCGGCACAAACUGCUGCUCAGACACGGAGAAACACCGGAGGCGGAGAGGUGGCAUGCAUUCUGGCACACCGGCGGCUUUCUUACCUCCUCUGCCUCUUGGGAAGCCGCCUCCUCUUCCAAAAGGAGACGCAGGUGCGUGCGCCUGUCUCUACCCGCCUACCGAGCCUCCACGCGGGCGGAGCAGGAACAAUAACAUCACGUUAAAUGAGUCGCGCGCGCCUUCUGUUUUGUGCGCCGCGUGCUGUGACUGUGACACCGGCUGUACAGCCAGCACACAUGACUUAAACCGAACCGGAGCCGCUCCUUAAAGACAAUUGGACCCGCUGAGCACUAUGGCUGACCAGUACAGUAUGUUUCUUAACACUGCUCCACCCCUCCGGCGCGGGAGCACCCCCCUGCCCGUCAAACACCAGCUGCGGAGGGAGGAGGCCGUGUCCGAGGACUGCGAUUGGAUCCCRGGCUUGGAGGAGCCUCCCACGUUGCCUAUCAGUGACACAGCUGUGCGUCGGGAYGAGUCCUUCAGUCAGUUGGCAGUGGCCCAGCCGGCUUACCAAAGCCAUGGCGGGGCGCUGAGGAUAGUUCUGCUGGGACAGAACGGCGUGGGCAAGUCGUCGCUCGCUUUAUCCCUGGCUGGACAGUCGGACAGCUCCCUCUCUAUAGACUCUGAGACGCAAGCUUGUGGUGAGGGCUAUGAGUGCACAGUGACAGUGGAUGACGAGGACAGCAAAGUCAUCAUUUUUGACAACUGGAAACAGGACCUGUCCACUCUGCAGUGUGACGUGUGCAUCUUGGUCUUCUCAGUGACUGACAGGAGAAGUUUUCACCGAACCGCCCAGCUCCGCCUCCUCCUCAGGGAGUCCCAGCCGCACACACCAAUCAUCCUGGUGGGAAACAAGAGUGACCUCGUCCGGUCCCGGGAGAUCAGUUCAGACGAGGCCCAAUCCAGUGCCAUGAUGUUYGACUGCCUCUACAUGGAGCUCUCAGCCUCUUUGGACCACGGCACCAACGAGCUGCUGGAGGCGGCCGUGCGGACUGCGAGGGGGGACUGCGUGGGCCCCGGGUGGACSGACGGCGACCCGGGGGCCGGGCGCAGGGAGAGCCUGACGAGCCGCGCCAAGCGCUUCCUGGCCGGGCUGGUACCGCGCUCGUACGGCCGCGACCGGGACCGAGGACGCUACCGGGAAAUGAGCCGCCACCGGGGGAGCAAAAUCUUCCGUCAGAAAUCCCGCUCCUGCCACGACCUCAGCGCACUGUGACACACGCAGACACACACCAAAUGCGUACACGCACCACAUGAACACAAACACACACCGAACUGAUUGACACAGGAGGAGGAGGUGUAAAAAAAACAACAAAAAAAACGGGUGAAGAAAAAGGAAUUAAGACUGAAGUGAAUCAAUAGAAGAUGAUGGACAAGAUACACAUUAUUAGUGUGUGGAAAGUUGGCUUUGGCAGCCAACAACUGAUGAAAGGGGGGAGAAAGAUGAGCAAAUGGAUCAGACAGCCUGGAUCACUCUGAAACCUAUCAUCGAAACCAAUUUUGAGACACAGACGGAGAAACAGAAAUGGRGGUGGAGCUGAUUUUACAGCUCCGGCUUUGGUGAAUCACAGAGUACUCAUUACCUGAGGUGGUCAGCAGAAAGAGGAGCCGCUGYCGAAGCACCGCGCUGAUUUCCUGCUUAACGAGAGGGAGGAUGGUGUCACGAGUAAAACACACACCCGUGUAGCAGGCACUGAUAACAUAAAGACUGAUAGCAAGUUAAUGUAAACCUGUUAUAGACCCUGUUUUAUAGCAUGCAGGUAGAAUACCUUAGACAUGACCCUGUAGGCUUUACAGUCCUUUAAAUAAAAGUACCUCAGUGGCCAAUAGCAUCUGCACAAUCUCAGUAGAGUUUUUAAGCAAUGCCAUCCCAAAGGCAAGGACUAUUUAUUUACUAAAGAAAAAGAAUCCACUCUUCAUCCACCAUUUAUGUCGAUUUUAAGGACUGUUUGAUACAAAAAAAAAAACUCCAGCGGCAUUCAAUAGUUCCUCUGUGACUUUUCUACAAAGGUAAAACUUCAGCACUAAAGCCAUAUUUUUGCUGAAUGCGCCACGAGCAGUCAGCACGUUGAACCCUUUACUGCAGGAUGUGAAGCAYAGGAGACAAAAAAAGGACAAUAAAAACAACAGAAGAGAAGGCAGGACUGAACUCCUCUUCAAACGAAGCUGAGUCACAGACCGCAGGGAGGCUCCUAAAGUGACAAACGGGAACAAAACAAAUCUACCUGUGGCUGUUUGAUGUUCUCUAUUUUUAUUUUUUCCGUGUUACCCACCGGAAUUAUUUUAAGUUCUGACAGACUUCUGUGGAGGGUUAACCGCACAGGUGAUCCAAAACGGAACGUUCUGGAAACGUCGAAGGAGUAUCUCAUCAAGCAAGCUGGCGUCACUGACACGUCUUUCUCUUGUUUGUCAUUGUCCACUGAGCACUCUCAUCUUUACCGCUGAGAAUAAAUGCAGCUUGGUUUGACAUCUUCAUAUGAGUUUUACUUUUGUCAUCGUUUUGAAGACAACAUUAUGAAAUUGUUAGUCAGCCGUUAACCAGGUCGAGAGAUGGCGUGGCAGUCCAUCAGAUGAGUCACUGAGCCUCUCAGGACUCUUCUUCCAUUUAGGACCGAGCUGCAGUGUCAAUACUUUUCUGGCUGUAACUAAAUCUUGGUUUAAAAAUAGGCUGUUUCAUAAGGACAUACAUUUGUUAUGUUGAUGAGCAUCGCGUGGAUGAUGUAAUAAAUGACAUAUCUACCAGUAAAAGUUUUAAACAUG